UCAUUUAGGAAUAAUGCUGUAAAAGGUAUUUAUUUUGCUGGUCAAUAUACUAUAAGUAUUUCUUUUUAACAGAAGACUGGUAAUAUAACAAGGGUUGGGUGUUGGUAAAUUAUGGAUGUAGAAUGUUGCCCAAAGGCUGAAGAAGAAGACGUAAUUUCAAAGGAUCCACUACCCAUUGGACCAGAAGGAGAAAACAUUGCGUUACCAACACCUGAUUCGACAACACCUGAAUUACCCGAAACUUUUAGUAGAACUGAGAGUGGAACCUCUAAUCAAGAUGAAGAACAGAAAGAAUCCAAGAUAAAAACAUUGAAGAGAUUAGUAGUUGGAAAGACAAAAUUAAAGAGUGAAGAGGAUAAAAAUGACUCAACUAAUAAAAAUGAAGAUAAAUCACACACUUCCCGAGCUUUGAGAAAGUCACUGAGCAGAGUUUUCUCAGUUUCAAGUUCAAGUCUUGGUCGUGUGUGGAGUAGCUUCAGCGCUACCAGAAUCCAUAGUGAGGGAGAAUCAGGAACAUCAACAAAGUCCUUUGGAAAGAUGUUUGGUAAGAAGAAUAAACAAGAAAAUGAUAAUGAGCUGGGAGGUGAUAACCUAGAAUCCAAAACAAAUACCCUGGGACGUAGGCUAAGCUCCACACUUAGAAGCGCAUUUGGAAGGUCUAAAGAGACUUGAGUAUUAGAGUCAUUCUGUAAACUAAAAUGUCCG